UGCUUAAACUGAAAAAGCGAUGGUGUAUUGAUUUUCUUGCAGGUAACAAGAACUGAUUUCAGACAAAUCUGCAAGUGAUAAUGCUGGUAUAUAGCAGUUGUCAGUUCUUUUCGAUUGCGGUGAAAUGCUUUUGGCACUGUGGGUAAAUUUUGACCUGAUGGACCCAGAUAAUCAUGUAUUUAUAUCGUGGGAAGAGCACGUUGUUUCUCAGGGGAAGGGCCGUUGUGUUGUGCACUACUACUUGAAGGAUACCUCAGGGGAGUCAAUCCUUGCUGUGGUGGGUACUGAAAGAAGUACAAGGCACAUACUAUAUGUUGUCUCAGAGGACUAUUUGGGUGCUUUUGGGCAUACGAGUACCGUAAAUUCUGACACAAAGUGGCGUGCAAGAAAAGAGGUAGUGGAAUGGCUGACGUUUUUGAUUUCAAAGCUUCACCAAUCACCACCUAUUCCAGAUACUCCUAGAAGUGAAAAGAGAAGAAGUGCUUUAAUGGCUGGGCACAUAUCUGAUGAGGUCUCAAAACAUAUAACCCGACAAGAUCCUUCAAUGCAAGGACCUAGUGGGAGUAUAAGUGUCGAUGAGAGUAGCCAUUCUGGUAUCAGAAAUUCAAUUCCUGGUAACCAGAUAUCAAAAUCCAAACCACUAACUUACCCGAAGGUUGGCAUUCAACUUGUUGAGCCUCAAAAUAAGCUGUCUUUUGAAGUUGAUAACAACUUAGAGGUUCUUUGCCACGAUAGUGGCAUGAAAGGCUGCUGGUUCAGGUGUAAGGUCUUACGGGUAUCACAAAAACAUCUGAAAGUUCAAUAUGAUGGCAUCCAGGAUUGUGAUGGUCCUGAAAAGCUUGAGGAAUGGAUUCCUUCCAACAUAGUUGCAGGCUCUGAUAAAUUGGGCAUGAGAUGCACAGGACGCCUAACAGUUCGGCCCCGGCCUCUGGAGGACUCUUCUGACUAUUCUUUUGAAGUAGGAUCUGCUGUUGAUGUUUGGUGGUCUGACGGGUGGUGGGAAGGUGUUGUUACUGGAUUUGAUGUCUGUAGAAGCGGUCAUCUUCCGGUUUACUUCCCUGUAGGUGAGAACAUAUUAUUGGAGAUCCAAAGGAAGAACGUGAGGACUUCAAGAGAUUGGGUUGAUGACAAAUGGGUUGAAGUUGAGGGAAAGAAAGACAUAAAGUUGUUCAUUAGCUUGAGUUUAACUUAUGUAUCCAGGUGCAGUAUCAAAGAUCCGGGGAACUGCGAAAAUCAGAUGGCUCCCAAGCUUGUGGCACCUGAAGACAACAAAAUGGCGUCAACUUCUAAACACUCAGCGGAGAAGCAAGACACUGAUGUGCUUAAACUGAAAAAGCGAUGGUGUUUUGAUUUUCUUGCAGGUAACAAGAACUGAUUUCAGACAAUUCUACAAGUGAUAAUGUUGGUGUGUAGCAGUCGUCAGUUCUUUUUGAUAAUGGUGAAAUGCUUUUGGCACAGUGGGUAAAUUGACUUGUAACUCUCAGUGCUGCUCGAUUUGCCUUUGUAAAUGUACAGGUCUUUGACAACAAAACUUGGUAAAGUCAUCUUAUAUAACUUGGGGAUUAUAGGCAAGUACUCUUCUAUCGGAAACAAUUUCCACAAGAUAGGGAUAAGGUCUGUAUACACUACCCUCCUCGGACCCCAUUUAUGGGAUUAUACUGAGUAUGUUGUUGUGUUUUGCUAAUUGGCCUAGAAGUUGGCAUCCUCUUGUAUUGUACACUCUCUCAUCAGAUAUGUAUAAAAAUUGUAGCUUUAUGAA